UCGCAGAGAGAGAAACAAAAAUGUUGUUUUUAUUCCGAUUUUUUCGCCAGAGCAAUUAUUCUAACUCAUAUUAAACAAUUUUUGGGUUCAAAGCGCGCUAAAAAAUAUGUAGUGGAUUUCCAAAAUUAAGCAAGGAAUAAUCAAAUAGCGUAUUAAGUGACAGAGUUUUGCUGCUGGUAGUUGACCGCAAAUUAGUUAAGAAAAAAAAAACAAAAAAAAUUAACUCACGCCUAAUUAAGUCCCGGCACUUUUGUGUUUAUUGAAUGUAUGUUUCGUGUAUGUACAUGCAAAUUUGCGUUAUUGAAUAAUGAAAGCAGAGCCAUUGGCACCGGAUAUUCUCUGGCUUAGCGCGAUAAGCCUUGUAGUAAACGGGCCUUUCUCAUAUCCCAGUAUUUAUUAUAUAUUUGACUCAUAAAUGGGGAAUGCAGGCACAGUGGCAGUCGGGUAUGACUCCAAAGAAAAAUAUUUUUUUGUAUCUUUGCCAAAAUUUGUCAAAAGUAAACAAAUAAGUGUCAGUAGCUUCUAAAAUGAGCUUUUGGAGACCCUUUAGAGGCCGAAAUGCCCCUCUUACAUUUGGGAAACGGGCGCUUCUUCUACUGGCGCUGCUGGGAGUCGUAGUAAUUAUUUGGCUUUUAAAUGCAUCUUCACAUCACAUCUUGGCGCGCAAGCGAUAUUCACUAAACGAUGACAGCUCGCCAUGUUUAGUACUUUGGUGGACGGACAAUGGCUUGGGACAAUUUGAUCCACAACCAAAUUUUUGUGGCUAUAAUAACUGUUUUACAACUGGUGAUCGAAGAUUCCUAUCAAAAGCGAAGGCGAUACUUUUUUAUGCCAGCAGUCUGCAGUGGAAUGACUUACCAUUGCCACGUAAACCAGAUCAGAUCUGGGCGUUAUUGCACGAAGAAUCACCACGCAAUGUGCCCGUAUUUAUGUAUGAAGAGAUUUUACAUUAUUUUAAUUACACAUCGACAUUUAGUCGCUACAGCGAUUUUCCGUUAACAACAAAUGGCCUACCAAAUAUAUCGGGCAUUAUCGACCCCAUGUAUGUGGUGCCGGUCGGGCGUAAAAAUGUGGCGCGUGCUAAUCUAGCGCCGAUUGUCUUUCUACAGUCAGACUGCUUCACAAUGUCGGCAAGAACAAAUUAUGUUGAGGAAUUGAUGAAGUAUAUUCGCAUAGACUCUUACGGGAAGUGCUUGACAAAUCGGAAAAUACCCGAAAGUUUACAAACGAAUAUUCUGAACAAUUUGUAUUCGGAGAAUAUAACUCGUUUCAUCAGUCAGUAUAAAUUCAUGAUCAGUAUUGAAAAUGGCAUCUGUGAAGACUAUAUAACCGAAAAGUAUUGGCGACCUCUGAUAGCUGGUGUUGUACCGAUUUACUUUGGAUCGCCAACGAUACGGGACUGGGAGCCACAUAAUCGCUCUGCAAUUUAUAUUUAUGACUACAAAAGCCCAAAAGAAUUAGCCAAAUAUAUAACAGAACUGGAUCGCAAUGACACUGAAUAUGUAAAAUAUUUGCAUCACAAAUACAAUCAAAUCCAACCAGUGACCAAUGAACGUUUAAUAGACGAAAUCUAUUUACGUCCUGAUAUGGAAAAUAUAUUUUCAAAUUUUGCUUGCCAAGUACUGCAGGCAAUAUGGGCACAAAGUCCAAAAUCGAAAAUGGCCAAUCGAAUGCACUAUAACUGUCCGCUACCAAUACCCCAUCCGACGAUGGAAAGCGAACCGGCUGAAAUCAGCUCAUGGAAGCAACUUUUAUCAAAAGCCUCUUGCUUGUCGAAAGCCUUAGACGAGUUGCUGCAAAUAAAUCGUAAUUUCACGCAAAAGGAGUUGGAUGAUUUGACCAAUUACAAAGCGUCAAAUGAGCUGUGCUGAUGCGGAUUUAGUAGCUUGCAGAAGGGUGAGCGACUCUCAUUGCUUCGUUGUUGUAGGCACAAUUUUAAAAGCCAAUGCCAAAUCUAUGUAUUUUAUGUAUGUAAAUAUUCUUCAGAAACUGUAUUGAUUUAAUUUUUACAAAUUACAGUAAUAUUUAGUUUCGAGUGACAAAUGUAU